AGGGGUUCAGAGACACCUGGGUUCCUCUCUGGGGGUGACAUGGCAGGGACAGGCUGCCGGAGCAGUGGGGUCUCCAUCCUCCACCACAGGAUGUGGGUGCCCACAGGCUGUACCAAACCCAAGUUCACAUGUAGGACUGGAGCACUCCAUGCAGCCAGGGCUGGCCCUGCUUAUCAGCCCCAAGGGGCAGAUUUUGGUCCAGAGGCUUUGAGAGUCCUGACUGUCACCGGGGGUGGGUCAGGAUCCAGCUGUACACCACCGGGAGCUACUUGUGUCAGCUUUGGGGCUCCCAGCCCUGUGCCAUGGGAACAGCCCUGGGCUGGGGAGGGUUGCGUGGACAAGGGGAUGAGGCAGACCGGGGGCCUGGGCAUGUAGCCAGGAGAAGCCAAAGGCUCAAUCUGCCCCAGAUCCCUUGAGCUGCCUAAGCCCUGUCCCAGUGGGUUGCCAGCCAGCGGGGUGCACGUGCCCUGUGCUUCACACCAGCAGAUCCCGGGGAGGCCAGUUCCAGUCUGUGCCAUGGGAACCCACAUGGAGCCCCAAGGAAACCACUGGCAUGCUGUGCUUGGAGUGGCUGACAGCCAUCCCUGUGCCCUAGCUGGGUGUCGACGUCCUGCCAUACCCAGUGUCCCACCUCCAGCAGCACCAUGGCCACCCCAAGGUGUGUGGCUGUCCUGCCCAUGAAGGGACAGGGGGAAAAAGUGUCCCCACCUGUCCCAGCCAUCCUUGGGCACAGGGCUGGAGCAGCAGUGCCAUGUCAGGUGUCCAUGUCCAGUGCCUGGGAGCACCAUGGUGCCAGAGGCUCUUGUUUCAGGGUGCUGGCUCACCCCACCACAGUACCCUCUCACCCCGCUGGGGCGAGCCGGCAGUUCCUGCCCCACCGGCAACGCACACCGUAAUUAGCCCGGGCAGGGCGGAAGCAUCACUGAUAAUUGGCGGUGACUCGUUAGUGCUGGAGCGCCACAUGCCCAGGGCUCAGCAGGACUUUCCGGCAGGGCUGGUUGGCGGGACUGACUGGCAUCCCGGUGCACCGAUCGGAGUGCGGGGCCUGGCUGGCUCCCCAACACCAGAGUAGGGACAGGGUUGGGUGUGGGGUGUGGGGGCGAGCACUGUCAUCGCCUGCGCUUCGUGCUGCAGCACGCCCUUGUCUCGCCACCCCUUCCUAAAAGGCACUGCUUCAGGGUGCUGCUGGCACAGACGGUGAGAGCACUGGGACCAGGCAGAGGUGGGAAAAGGACGGGGGAUAAAGGGGUGCCAGGGGUUCCUUUUGCUGGCUGGGCUUUCCCCACGGGUCUCCUGUAGCACCCACGAGACCCCAUAGGAGGGGACUCGACCUGCGUUGUGCCCUCGCAGGGCAGGUGCCCACAGCACCAUGAACCGGAUCACAGUGUACGAGCGUGCCAACUUUGAGGGGCUGAGCCGGGAGUUCACCUGCGACGUGCCUGACUUGCAUGAGCUGGAUUUUGGGAACUGCAUUGCCUCCCUGAAAGUAGUGGGGCAGCCCUGGAUCGCCUACACAGAUGCCAAGUAUGAGGGGGAGCCGCAUGCCUUUGAGGAGGGUGAGUACCCCUCCGUGGAGCGGCCCAACAGCUUCUCGGCACUGCGCCUCGUUCACCACGACCUGGGGGACCCACAGAUCACCCUCUAUGAGCACCCCAACUUCCAAGGCGCCUUCAAGGUGGUGACAGAGGAGACCAACUUGGCGUAUGGAUACUUUAACGACCGGGUGGCCUCCCACGUGGUGCAGCGAGGUGUCUGGCUGCUCUACCAGAACCCCGGCCGGGGUGGCUGGCACUGCCUGGCAUGGCCUGGGGAGCAUCUCGCCGACUACAAACUGGAGCUGAACUUCCAGGAUCGGCUGUCCCACCUGCGCCCACUGCGGCCUGGGAGGCCCCUGGUCUCGGCACGUCUUCUUUGGGAGCAGAAGCGGGUGGAGGAGGAGCGGGAGGUGCUAGUGGAUGAGAUUGAGGGGGUGAACGAGACAGAGUCGGAGCAGGCACUGGCAGCCAGCAGCAGCCGGGAGUACGGCACCACACUCUGGCAGAGCUUCCACUUCAGCAAUGCCACCAGCCUCAAAGCCGGGCUCUCCUUCACGCUGACUGUGGAAGCCUCCAACAUCUUCACAGUGCAGAAAGGGCACAGCGAGUCCAGCACCCGCCGGCAGCGCGUGGAGGUGCAGCUGCCGGCCAAGAUCCCCCCACGCACAGCACUCAGCAUCCAGGUCCUGCGGAAGGAGGUGACACUCUCCGUCCCGGUUCUGCUCACCAUCACCCAGAACGAGGCCGUUCGGACGGAGAUGGGCGAGUACCGGAGCAUAUCAGGGACCAACGUCAGUGCUCGCUACAGCUUGAAGCCACUGCCAGCCUCGGGCAGGGAGCAGGCAGCCACCGAGGGGACAAAAACAGUGCCCGGCACCAGGAUGGAGCCGUAGCUCUGUGCUGGGGCCGGCCAACGGCUCUGUUCCCUCUGUGGCGUUGGACCCCCUUCUGUCCAGUGAUUCUGGCUGGCAGGACCUGCCAGUGCCUCCUCCCAGCCAGUGUUUCC